AUGUCUGCCUUGGCAGCUGCCAGUGCCAAGCCCAACUUCGUUUUCAUUAUGACAGACGACCAGGACUUACAUCUCAGCUCAUUGGACUAUAUGCCGCUAGUUAACAGACAUAUCGCGAGCGAAGGAACAACAUUCAACAAGCACUAUUGCACAGUUUCCCUCUGCUGUCCUUCACGAGUCUCGUUACUUACAGGAAAGGCCGCUCAUAAUACCAACGUCACUGAUGUCUCUCUUCCAUAUGGAGGUUACCAACAAUUCAUCAACAACGGCCUACAUGAGAAAUAUCUGCCAGUGUGGUUACAAGAAGCUGGGUAUAAUACCUAUUAUACCGGCAAAUUAAUGAACGGCUUCUCUUUAUCGACAUACAACAAACCAUAUCCUGCCGGGUGGAAUGACACAGAUUUUCUCGUUGAUCCUCAAACAUAUUGGUACUAUAAUGCAUCCAUGGCGCGCAACAAUGGAACAUAUCGGUACUUGCCCGGCAGCUAUUCCACAGACGUGGUAGCCAACACAGCCCUUGAGUUUUUGGACAUUGCCGCCGCUCAAGAUACGCCGUUCUUUGUUGGAGUGACCCCCAUUGGUCCUCAUGCAGAGAUGAAGCCAUCGUUGUCGGGUGAAUUUCUCUUACCGACCCCCGCGGACAGACAUGCAAAUCUCUUUCAGAACAUAUCGGCACCGCGUACGCCUUCUUUCAACAAACUGCGCAGUGGUGGUGCUAGUUACCUGGCUUCUUUGCCCGAACUGAAUGCUACAGAAGUUUCCUACGUAGAUCUCUUCUACCAACGACGAAUUCAGUCCUUGCAGGCUGUGGAUGAGCUUGUUGGCGGCAUCGUCUCCCGACUGGAAGAGCUGAAUCUGCUGGACAACACAUACAUCAUUUACACUUCUGACAACGGUUUUCACAUUGGCCAACACCGACUGCCUCCGGGAAAGACGUGUAAUAUCGAGGAAGACAUCAACGUACCUUUCGUCGUACGAGGCCCGGGCGUGGCUAAAGGCGCCGAGUAUAACCAACCCACCACUCAUACUGAUAUCGUUCCUACCUUGUUUACUCUAGCCAAUAUCACCUUACACGACGACUUUGAUGGCGAACCGAUCCCAGUGACGACCGAGCUACAAAAUCAGGUUUUGGCCAAGUCGGAGCAUGUGAAUGUUGAGUACUGGGGCGACGGUAUCAUGGAAGGAACGAUCUCCAAGUGGAUCGGGACUUCAUUACCCAACAACACGUACAAACACGUGCGUGUGGUAUCUGAGGCUUUUGAUCUCUCGUAUACUGUUUGGUGCACCAACGAGCACGAGCUAUUCGAUUUGAAGACGGAUCCCUACCAAAGCACCAACCUCUAUGGCCAGGCCCGUAACAUCUCGGGCCAAGACGGCACCAAGCUAUCAUCGCGCUUGGAUGCGCUGCUGCUGACUCUGAAGGGUUGUAAGGGCCGCGUCUGCACCAGACCCUGGGAGACGCUUCACCCGCAGGGCAACGUACACAAUCUAACGGAUGCUCUGGAUCCUGCCUACGACCAGUUCUACCAGAGCGAGCAGCUCAAAGUAAGCUUCUCCGAGUGCGCGGCUGGGCAAUUGCUACAGUACGAGGGCCCGCAGGAGCCGCUUGCCUACGGAAGUCUGGAUUCGAGUAAAUUGAUAAAGAACUGGGAGAUGUGGACAUGA